AUGGACGGAGACUUUCCAGAGGACGAUAACACAUCCGAAAACAAUGCCCAAGAAGAAGCUCAAGAGCGAGAUGGCGACAAUAUUCCUGAAUAUGGAUGCGAGAAGAAAAAACAUAAAAGAAUUAUAUCAUGGGACGAAGAAAAAUGCGGUAGAAAGAAAAAGAAGAAAAACGAAAGCGGAGUGGAAAGCGAAUAUGAUAAUGUUGAAGACUCUGAUAAUGGAAGCAGUAUGAAAUCUGCCAAACAAUCAAAACGUUCUGUUUAUGCCUCUUCAACUUCAUCUACGGAAGAAUCUAAUGCAGGCGAAAAUCUAACCAUUGAAGAGGGCAAAGAGGCACAGGCUGACAAGGAAAGCAUUGCAAAGCUAACUAGGGCCUAUAAAGAGGCAAACGAUUCUGACGAUGAUGAUACUGAUGCCCUGGACUCGAUGUCGUUAUUGGAGAGGCUAAAACGCGCUCGAAAAUCAGAGAAAAGUAAGAAACCUGAACUGUCCAAGUCAGGAAAGAGAAGACGAGGGAGCUCAGACGAAGAUGACGGUAGCAAUGAGAAGUCGGAAACUGACUCGGAUGCUGAAUUUGAGCAGAUGUUGCAAGAUGCUUAUGGAUCUAACUCUGAAUCCAGUCAUAGCAAUGUCGCUGCGCCUGUGAAAAAAAGAAAAACCAAACGCAUUGAGCACCAAGAUUACUGUACAGAAUGUAAUCAAGGAGGAGAAAUCAUCCUGUGUGAUAUUUGUCCAAGAGCUUACCAUUUGGUUUGUUUGGAACCUGAACUUGAUGAGGUUCCUGAAGGAAAGUGGAGAUGCCCUCGUUGUGAAAAAGCGGAUCUUACUGAUCAGGAUGACGAACAUGAAGAAUUUUGUAAAAUCUGUCAAGAUGGCGGUGAACUUAUUUGCUGCUCGUCUUGUCCUUUGAGUUACCAUAUACAUUGCUUGGACCCACCUUUGCCUGAGAUCCCUGAAGGAGACUGGAACUGUCGCCGAUGCGCCUGUCUACCUCUGAAAGCCAAAGUGGCCAGUAUUUUGACUUGGAAAUGGAUCGAAAGCAAAGCCACAAACGGAAAAGAAGAAAUUACACAACAUCGGAGAAGAGAAUUCUUUGUGAAAUGGAAGGAAUUAUCUUAUUGGCAUUGCGAUUGGAUAACGCAAACACAAUUGGAAAUUUUCCAUCCGUUGAUAUUACAGUGCUACAUCCGAAAAUAUGAUAUGGAAGAACCACGUAAAUUGGAGGAACUUAUUGAUGAAUCUGAUGCACGCUACACUCGGUUAAUUAGAAUGGGUGGCCGAGUAAACAACCAUGAAUUGGAAGAAAAAUUCUACAAAUAUGGGGUAAAGCCCGAAUGGCUUAUAGCCCAUAGGAUCCUCAAUCAUCGCACCAAGGAGGAUGGUACAGCACUUUUUCUAGUAAAGUGGAGAGAAUUAUCGUAUGACCAAGCUACAUGGGAAGAAGAAAGUGACGUUAUUCCCGGUCUUAAGGCGGCCAUAGAGUAUUAUAAAGAUCUAAAACAGGCCUACGAACAAUCUAAACUGUGCCUCAAAUCUAAAUCGAAAUUCAAAUCCAAACGGAGUAAAGUUUUGAGUGAUGGUGAGAGAGUUACCGCGAAGAGGUACAAACCUCCACCAGACAAGCCAAUUUCUAAAUUGGAGAAAAAGCUGAACAAGCAACCGAUAUACCUUGAAGAAACUGGAAUGCAACUUCAUGAAUAUCAAAAACUAUUUUGUCAUAUUAUCGAAAAAAUAUCAACAGAACUUUUUAUUUGGUUGCAGAUUGAUAAAGAAACAGACGAAAGUAAUGAUGUAGAUGAUGAUACCGCUUUGCAAGAUAUGAAUCCGGACUCUGAGGAGCCCCAGAAGACUAACGACAUACAAGAGCCUGACGAGACUGAAGAGCAUCAUGAGAUUCAGAAGCCUCACGGGACUCAGCAGUCUCACGAGACUCAUGAGCUUCGCGUGACCCAGGAGCCCAACGAGUCUCAGCAGACUCCAAAGACUCGGAUUAGAGUCAGUAACAAGGAAAGAAAACCCCCUCAGAUGACUCAUAGUAUCCCGAACAAAAAACGUGCAGUUGAAAAAUUGGAUGCUGCUUUCGAAAUUCUAACAAAGGCAUCGAAUAAGGAACCACCGCAGGAUCCAAGCGAAUGUCAAAUAUUUGGAAAUCUUGUAGCCAAGAAACUUAGUAAAUAUUCGAACGUAGCACAAACGGCAGUACAAGAAGCCAUCAUGAAUAUUUUAUUUGCGGCAGACAAGGGGUAUUAUAAUCAAUAUCCCGCUCCAAGAGGUUAUCAAUCAAACAAUUAUUCCACAAUCCAAAGCGAACUUGUACAACGUGAUUCGGUUUACCAAGAUACUCAGUUGAUACAAUCCCCAUAUUCACCCCGUCCCGCAGCUCAUUGGGAUUUUGCAACUGACGCAUCAUCCCAAGCGCCUCAGUUUUCACCGGUACCACUGCCACUAAUAUCUCCAGCAUCAGCAAGUUCACAAUGCUCGGGUAUGACAAAUUAUUCCGCUUCUACCAGCAAUCCACCCCCAUUUACCAGUGCAACAUUACUAACUGAUUUAAACUUGCCAGAUAAUUAA